UCUUAUCCAUGGGGGUUUUGUCGCUUUGUGAGCCAUUGGUGUCUCCUUUGAGUGUAAUGCGGAAACCGCAAAGUUGCAGACUUUACUCAAAUGCAAACUUCACUGUUCCUAUCGGCGCGAGCUUUUCCAUCUUUGAUCACUAACUCAUCCUUAAACCCUAAUCAAAACCCCUCGAAUGCGGCUAAAACCCCUCAAUUUGAUCAAUUUAGGGAGAAGAACAGAGGACUCUCCUCUGAUGCUGUGAUUAAGGUUCCGACUGCUCCAUGGAUGAAAGGUCCUAUCUUUCUUCGACCCGAUGAGAUUCUCGAAACUGAGAAGAGGAACAAGCCACGAAAAGUUGAAGAGAAGACGUUCAAGGCGUUGAAUCGUAGAGAGAGUGGUGUCAGGGGAAGGAAAGCGAUGAAGAGAAUCGUGCGUUAUGUCGAGAAGCUUGAUGAAAGCUGCGAUUUUGAAGAUACCCAGAUGGAUGAUUUGAGUGAAUUCGAGUAUUUAGGUCGAGUUGCGGAGAGAACCACCGAGUUGUAUGAGAAGAGACGUGGCGGGAGAAUGCCAUGGGAAAGAGAAGAAGAGAGGUUUGUAUUGCGGAGGACGAAGAAGGAGAGAGUUCAGACUACGGCUGAGCUUAUCCUCGACGAAGGUUUGUUGAGUAGACUGAGAGGUGAAGCUUCGAAGAUGAGAAAAUGGGUGAAUGUGAGAAAAGCAGGAGUUACUGAGACAGUUGUGAAUGAGAUUAGAUUGAUCUGGAGGUUGAAUGAGCUUGCUAUGGUGAGAUUUGAUGUUCCUCUUUGUAGGAAUAUGGAGCGAGCUCAAGAGAUCAUAGAGAUGAAGACUGGAGGCUUGGUUGUGUUAAGCAAGAAGGAGUUUCUCGUUGUUUAUCGAGGAGGACCGAGUUCUUCAUCAGAGAAAACCGAUUCAGGACGAGAUGAGAUUAGCUCAUCAUUGUACGAGAGAGAAGCUGAUAGGUUGUUGGAUGGUUUAGGGCCUCGAUAUAUGGAUUGGUGGAUGAGAAGACCGUUUCCUGUUGAUGCUGACUUGCUUCCUGAAGUGGUUAAUGGAUAUACAACUCCAUCUAGACGUUGUCCACCAAACACUAGAGCUAAGCUAAGCGAUGAAGAGCUCACCUACUUGAGAAACAUUGCUCAAGCUUUACCGUUUCAUUUCGUCCUUGGAAGGAACCAUGGGUUACAAGGUUUAGCUUCCGCUAUUGUGAAACUAUGGGAGAGAAGUAUUAUUGCAAAGAUUGCAAUCAAAUGGGGAGCUCUCAAUACAAACAAUGAGGAAAUGGCAGAUAAAUUGAAGCAUCUCACUGGAGGAGUUUUGAUACUACGAAACAGAUACUUAAUAAUACUUUUCAGAGGCAAAGACUUCCUCACUGGAGAAGUUGCCGAUUUGGUUGAUGACAGAGAGAGAUUACUCAGAAGCUACCAACAUUUUGAAGAAACUAAACGCGAGAGCGAGAUUGAAAUCGUGGAGGUGGUAACAAAUGGUAAGCAGUUGGAGGAAACAAGCAAAACUGGAACUUUAUUAGAGUUUCAAGAACUUCAAAGAAAAUUUGGUGAAAUGGAGACGAGAAACCUAGAGACUGAGGCUGAGAAAGCAAGGCUAGAAAAGGAACUCAAAAGCCAAGAACACAAGCUUUCCAUCUUAAAAUCAAAGAUAGAGAAAGCAACAAUGGAGUUGUUCAGACUGAAUUCGUUAUGGAAACCAUCUGAGCGAGAGGAUGACAUCGAACUAUUCACUAACGAAGAAAGAGAAUGCUUGAGAAGAGUAGGGCUGAAGAUGAACAGCAGCUUGGUUCUCGGUAGAAGAGGAAUAUUUCAUGGUGUAAUGGAAGGUCUGCAUCAGCAUUGGAAGCACAGGGAAGUUGCGAAAGUGAUCACGAUGCAGAAGAUAUUCUCGAGGGUUGUUUACACAGCGAAAGCCCUUGAAGCAGAGAGCAAUGGACUACUUAUCUCAGUUGAAAAACUUAAAGAAGGACACGCGAUACUCAUAUACCGUGGCAAGAACUACAAACGUCCUUCAUCAAAACUAAUGGCACAGAAUCUUUUGACGAAAAGAAAAGCGUUACAAAGAUCUGUUGCGAUGCAGCGGCUCGGCUCACUGAAGUUCUUCGCUUACCAAAGAGAGAGAGCAAUAGAAGCUUUGAAGGUGAGUUUGGUAAACCUUCAAGACUCUGCUUCUGAGUUAGGUUGAUGCAAAAUGAAUUGCAAGGAUGAGCUGAACAAAAGUUUACCAAUGCAGAUAUAUUUUAGCUUGACUAUCUCUGUGUAUCACAUAUUCUUUUUUCCUUCAUUGUGAUUACCGUGUAUAUAUAUCAUGUAAUGUGACUAAUGUCCUUUUUGCUGUCGAAAAUAAUAUUCUUGUCGGUCUUCAU